AUGAGCACUCGGAGGCAAGACUUUCUGAGGGAGUCUGAGCUGCAGGAGAGGCAGAAUGAGGCCCACAUUAGACUUCUGAACUACUCCAAGAAGCUUGAGAAGGCCAUUAAGGUUUUGACGGAGGAGUUGCCUGAGGGCUCCAUCUGGAGGGAUGCUCAGGUGGCUCAGUUCCUUUCUUUCUGCCCUCAGUAUCAGAGGCUGAACUCAAUGGCAGACCUCCUCAGAACCGAAGUCAGCCUCAUUCAGCAGAUCCUGAGGCUGAUGGUUCAGCCACCCUCGGAGGACCAGAAGGAAGCCUUGAGGGUGGGCUUGAAACAGAGCGCGGACUUGCAGCUCAGAAUCCACAUGAGCUAUUUUCAGGCCUUUGAGACCCUCGUAGGGGGCCUGAGGCUUCAGAACCGCUUUGAGGCGCCGCGGGAGCUCUCCGCGGAGGUGGAUCGGUCGCCAGACGAAGCUCUACGACGCCAGCUUGCCAGCGCACUUCGAAGCCAUGAGGAGUGCUGCGAGCAGGCGGAGGCUGUGUGGCGGCUCACCGAGGCCGGCUGCGACAUCGGCACUCGGAAGCACGAGCUCGAGCUGGAGCAGGCGGCCUGCAACGUGCAGGAGAAGGACCUCACACAGGCCUGCCGCGACCUGUGCGCUGCGGCCAAGCAGGCGGCCGCCGCCUCUGGGCCAAGCGCUGUGGCUGACGCUGCCAGGAGCUAUGUGGUCCAGUGGCAGGCAGUGGAGGCCGGGUUGCCUCAGCGCUGGCCGCAAGCUGAGUGGCCGGCAGUGCUGCAGGCCGCAGAUGCCCUGGACGCGGAGCGCGCAAGCCAGGACAGCCUGUCCAAGCAGCUCAGCUUGGAGACAAAGCGGGAGGCAUUACUGAGAGCGGAGCUCGACGCGCCUGCCGAGGCCAAGAGGGCGCUGGCCACACUUCGCCUGGACCUCAGCUGCGGCGAGCAGGGGCGGGGGUGUUCCUCUAGACUCUACACCCGCAACCUCUACGCAGGGUUGCUGUGA